UGUGUGAUUGUUAGAUAAUAGCCUAAUGGAAUAUCUUCCUCCCUACCUACACAUGAACAGUUUGUUAUGCUAAGAUUUAAGCUUUGAUUAUUUGAAAAAGAAGUCAAACCCAGUAGCUUUUAGGAGUUUAGCAGUAGUUCUUUGUGUAUUAAUUUGCCUGUUCUUAUGUACUUGCCAAAUGUUUCUUCUGUACUUGCAAUUAGCAAUUAGGCAUGAAUUUGCAAUAAAACAAUUAUUAUGCCAAAGGGCAGACUUGCUGGCAAUGUACCAUACAUUGGUACUUUGCCUGGGCAGGUCAUGUACACUGUAUGGUGUGGGCUGCAAAAACAUUAUGAUUAACAUAAGGGUGUGGUCCUUAAGUUACUGACAUAUUUCAUCGCUGACAUGUACACAAUAGGUUGUGUUACAUCUGGGAGAAUCAACAUGAUGAGCUCAAUGCAGAAGACAGUGGAGGGGGUGAAGACAAUGCUUGGAACAGCCGCAACUAAUCUUUUAGGAAACUUCCAGAACAACGCAGAACUGGUGCAGACGGUAAACUCCAUCAUCGAACAGUUCGUGCUGAAGAGCCUAGAAAUCGAUUGCAGGCUUGUGCCAGAGGAAGACACAGUAAGGCUGGAGGUUUGUCUGAAGAACAGCAGCCAGUUCCAGCUGACAGAUGUGAUGUGUUACAUGACUGUCCACGCUGACGGGACAACGGCAGAGCUAGAUGCAAAUGGUUCCCCUCCAGACCCAGACCUGUCCCUGGUGCCCAGACCAGAGCGGCCGUGCGCCAAGAGAAGCCGGACCAACUCAGGCGGGGACUCGAGCUGCAACAACAACGGAGCAACGUCCGUCCUGGGGCCUUCCGACCUGCAGAUGUACAGCAGCUGGAGGGGCUCUGUCUGUCUCGCAUGGGGCAACGUCUGCCUCCCCAAGCAGUACCACAUCCUACUGGAGGUGCGGCUGCCCAGCCCGGGGUCAGGGGUCGAGCUGUCCAAGACUCACACUCACACCAUACAGGUCACCGACCAGUGCACAUUUAGCUACACCAGCGGUUCCCUGGCGGAUGUGAAGAGCUUCAGCGGCAGAACUGUGCUGGUGGACGGGCCGAGGCUGAGGCGGCUGUGCAGGGUCCCUCCUACCGAGGGGCUGUUACCGAACACACUGGUGCUGGUCACACAUAAGUGUAACGAGUUGCUGGAACUUCUGGUCCAGAACUCGACCCCUGAUGACUUCAGCAAGGUCAUGCUGUGCACCAGGUGUGACCUUUCUCAAGGUCAGGAGGCCAUGGUGGCCUGGCUACAGGAGGAGUUAAAGUAGGGGUCACAGGUUAGAGGUUAGAGGUUAGGGUGUGACCUCAGUAACAUAUUCUGUCCCCCUAAUUGUUGGCAUUUUGAGGAAUAAAGGAGUGAAAAUCUCCUUCCAUCCCAGAAAAGUACAAUAAAACCAUUGACCGUCUUCCACCUACAGUGAGCAAAGUUGUGCCAUAUGUUUCUAUAACUUUUCACCACAAUUCAACUGUAAAUUUUGUGGUGAAAAUCCAGUCAGUGCCUGAAUAUUUCCUUGUAAAGUGUCCUCUAAUGUCUUGCAUCAGAUAAAGAACAGUGGGACAUUUUGCAAAUGCAGCAUUUUGUACUGUUCAAAUGUACAUAUGGUCUGACAGCAAUCAGUUUUAGUUUUACUGAAAAUGUUUUCCACUGUACAUAUAUUACUACUCUGCACUCGCAAUGCAAAUAAAAGUAUGUAUUUUAGAAAUAAGCUCAUAUCAAAGUGUAUAAUAAGCCAUUAAAAAUGCUGGAUCAAAUUUAAGUACUAGUAAAUAGCAGUAAGAUCCUGUAGAAAAGCAAUGCAACUAGAAUUUGAGGUUUUCAAUAAAGGAAAUUGAAAUGUACAGUUUACAGAAAUGAACAAAAAAUGCUACAAUGCAUUUUACGAUACUGUAAUUUAAAAUGCUAAAAGCCAUACAAGGUAACCAAUGUUUUACUGUAUAAUGUUCAAUAUCAGGUACCUAUUGUUAAGUGUGAGUGUGUUUAUAUACACGUAAAACCAAAGUUUUUCAGCUCAUUUUGACAUGGGAUAUAAUAAGGCAGCUAUUACUGAGUCAUUGUAUUGUUGCAAAGGGUGAAUUUUUCCAUACAGAAUCAAAUGAAUAGAAAAUUUACAAAUUUUUAGUACAUCUUUUGUAGAGUAUGUAGAAGAAUAAUUUUUGUGUAUCCAAAGAAACAAAGAGCAACGUGUACAUGUAUGUCUGUUUAGAAUGACAAAAAAAAUGUGCAAAAAUCCUCUUUUAUUGAUGAGGAUUGGAUCAGCCAUAAUGAAAGCAUGGUGUGAAUAUGACACUAGGGAAGAUGCUCAGACUGUUCACAGUGCAGUAAACUUUCAUAUUCUUAGUCUGAGCAUCUUUUUUGUGACAGUCAGUGUAAGGAGUUGCAGCAGCUCCACCUAUCUGCAGUGUAAGGAGUUGCAGCAGCUCCAGCUGCAGUGAUGUGACCUGCAGGUACGAAAUGAAUCCUGUUUUUUUUUUCUGAGGAAUUUUUGCAAAAUAACAAAGUGCCUUAACGUAGAUAUGACACCCAUGAUUCUGCUGGCUACUGUACGACUAACUUUUUUUUAAGAAGAAGUGAAUUCAAAGAGAUGUAACAUCCGUGUCCAUAAUAUCACCAAGUGCCGUUGCCACGGUUUUCUUGCUGUUGCCAUGGAAUUAUCUAUAGCACGUUAUUGCACAAUUACAAUGCAACUCUGUCCGUUUUCACUGCGAUGUAUAAGAUUGUGGAAGAUGAUAACAAUGCAGUGUCUUAUCGCUGAGUAAAUGUAAUUACAAAAAGAAGUAAUAGAUGUAGAGAGACAUGACAGCAAAUGAGAUACAGCAGUAAAUGAUUUGUUAGUGGGUUUGAGUUUUGCUAACUUAUAACUAUAGUUCGGUAGAUUAUAAUUACAUGUUUUGAAUUUUGUGUCAGGAUAUCAGCUGUUGUUGCUGAAUGAAAUAAGAGAUUUUGAACAGAAAAUAUCUGUGAUGUGGAAAUUUAAUGAUUAACGUAAAAUGCUUUGUGUUAUGCCAUAUUUGUGUUGUGUAUUACAAUGCAUAAUUUGCUUGAUAAUAUCAGAUACUAUAGGU